GCUCGAGGGCACCCAUGGAUGGCGAGGAGCGCGCCAAGCGCCGACGGGCUAGGCUGCUGGUCGCGUCGGAGCGCUCGCGAUUCUUUGUGCAGUCCGCCAGCCCGCCAGUCCGCCAGUCCGCCAGUCCGCCAGCCAUCCAGCCAUCCAGCCAUCCACCCAUCACGGCACACCCCACGACGCCGCGCCGCCCGUCCAUCGCUCGUGUCCUGCUAUGCUGCGCUGAGAGCAGCACCGCCGCCGCCCUCCGUCCGCCCUCCCGAUCCCCGCACAGCGCGACCGCGACCGCGCCCUCCCGCGUCCCGCAGCGCUCGCCAUGUCGGCCGUCUACACCAACGGCGCGCCCGGCGUGAAUGGCGCGACCGGCGCAGACACGACGUUCCCGCCGCCGCGAUACUCGGACGUGCCCAGCGCCAUCACCGUCUCGGUCGCCGAGGCUGGCGACACCAUCGACGUCGAGAUCGCCCUCGACGAGGACAUCCAGGACGACCCGACGGAGCUGUGCACGCUGCUGGAGACGGAGAAGAGCGUCAAGUCGACGUGGGUGCAGGUCGCCGUCGCCUACGCCAAGCACAAGAAGCUGCACGUCGCCAUCGACGUGCUGACCCAGGCCGUCCACGCCUUUGCCCGCGCCCGCGCCGACGACCGGCUGAGCAUCCUCAACGGGCUCUGCUGGCUCUACCUGCUGCGCUGCCGCGAGGCGCCGCGUCUGAAGCAGGACGCGGGCGCGGGCGCGGGUCCCGAGGUCAAGACCAAGGACUUUUACAUGCAGGCCGCGACCAGCGUCCUCAACGACGCGUCGCGCAUCAGCCCCUCGUACCCGCCGCUGUUCCUCGCGCGCGGCGUCCUCUACCUGCUGCGCGCGUCGCUGCAGGCCCCCGCCACGGCGGCCGGGCCCAGCGCCAUCAGCCAGGAGCGCAUGGAGACGCUCAAGCAGGCGGCCAAGUGCUUCGAGGACGCGCUGCGUGCGUCUGGCGGAAAGAACGUCAUGGCCAAGAUGGGCAAGGCCCGCGUCAGCUACUCGAUGGCCCGGUACGCCGAGGCCCUGCACGUGUACCAGUCGGUCAUGGAGAGCUCGCCCGGCCUGGUCGACCCGGACCCGCGCAUCGGCAUUGGCUGCUGCUUCUGGCAGCUGGGCUUCAAGGACGACGCCGCCAGCGCGUGGGAGCGCUCGCUCGAGCUGAACCCGGCGUCGAAGAUUGCGAGCGUCCUGCUCGGCGUGUACAACUUCCACCUCACCGCGCAGCUCCCGCCGUCGGACCCCGCCUUUGGGCGGCUCGUCAAGAAGGCGCUGAACGGAUACAUUAUGCCGGCGAUGAAGAUGGACAACCAGUUCCCGCUGACGUGCGCGACGCUCGGCAGCUGGUUCGUUGCCAGAAAGGACUUUGCCAAGGUCGAGGCGCUCUCGCGACGCGCCAUCGAGCUGACGGACGUCAACGCGGUUGCGAGCGACGGCUGGUACCAGCUCGCGCGAAAGGAGCACCACCAGGAGAAGCCGGCAAAGGCUGCCGAGUUCUACGCCAAGUCGGACGGCGCUCGCGGAGGCGACGACCGCGGCCACAUCCCCGCCAAGUUUGGCCUGGCGCAGAUGAACGUUGUCAUGAACAACUUUGACGGCGCCAAGUUCCGCCUCGAGAAGAUCCUCCAGCAGCAGCCGACGCUGGAGGCGCAGACGCUGCUCGGCACCCUGUACGCCGAGGACGUCUUCAACGCGCAGGCCAGCAAGUCGACCGAGGACAAGUCGGCCGAGCUGAAGAAGGCGCUCCGGUACCUCGAGGACGUGCAGAAGGCCUGGAAGGACCCCAAGCGCAAGGCGACGCCAGACGCCUCUGUCCUCCUGAACCUGGCACGGCUCUACGAAGCCGACCACCCGGACAGAAGCCUAAAGUGUCUGGAAGAGGUCGAGCAGAUGGAGCUGGACGCCAUUCCCGACGAGGACUAUCCGGACGGCAUCGAGGACGAGCUUGAGCUCAAGGCCGCGCUUCGCGAAACGCUCCCGCCGCAGCUGCUGAACAACAUGGCCUGCUUCCACUACCAAGCGGAGCGGUUCGUGCGCGCAAGAGAGGCGUUCCAGGCUGCUCUCAACGCGUGCGUAAAGGCGGCGUCCCGCGACGAGACCAUUGACACGGAUGCGCUGGUCACAUCCAUCAGCUACAACCUCGGCCGCACGUACGAGUCCGAGGGCAUGCUCGACGAGGCCAAGGGCGUGUACGAGGGACUGCUCAAGCGCCACAGCGACUACAUUGACGCCCGCAUCCGGCUCACGUACAUAACGCUGCGCCAGAGCCCUGGCGACGCCGGCCCCAGGGCGCUCAAGCAGCUCUUCAAGGAGAACGAAGACAAUGUCGAAGUCCGCGCCCUGUUUGCUUGGUACAAGUCCAAGUCCAAGCCCAAGACGCUCAACUUUGGCGAAGACGAGGAGCAGCGGAUACACAAGCACACGCUGCAGAGGUUCGACAAGCACGACCGCUACUCGCUGAUGGGCAUGGGCAACAUCCACCUCAGCAUCGCCCGCGAGCUGCCCCGAGGCUCGGAGCAGGAAAAGGAGAAGCGCCGGAAAGCGUACGAGCGAGCCGUCGAGUUCUUCGACAAGGUGCUGCAGCUCGAUCCCAAGAACGCGUACGCUGCGCAGGGCAUUGCGAUUGCCCUGCUCGAGGACAAGAGGGACUACACGGGCGCGCUGCACAUCUUCAGCAAGGUCAGGGAGACGCUCCGGGACUACAGCGUGUACGUGAACCUCGGCCACACGUAUGCCGAGGUCAAGCAAUAUGCUCGGGCUAUUGAGAAUUACGAGGCAGCCCUCUCCAAGGACCGGCAGAACGACCCCAAGAUUCUGGCUUACCUCGGGCGCACCUGGUACCUGCGGGCAAAGCACGAGCACAGCGUGUCUUCGUUCAGGACCGCGCUCGACUACGCAAAGCAGGCCGUCAAGAUUGUGCCCAACGACCUUGGCUCCCAGUUCAACGUAGCGUUCCUGCAGUUCCAGAUUGCGCAAGAGCUCAUCCGCCUCGACGUCAAGCACAGGACCCUCGAGGAGCUCAACGAAGCGUCGGACGGGCUCGAGGCCGCUGUUGCCUCGCUCGACAGCAUCGCCAGGGCAGAGAGCCCGCCCUUUCCACGCAACGAUCUCGUCUCCCGCGCCAACAUGGGCCGCAACACCAUGGCGAAGCAACUCGAGCGCGAGGCCGCGAAGCAGGCUGCGCACGAGUCUGAGAACGCCGGCAAGCUCGAGCAGGCCCGCAAAGUGCGCGAGGCAGACAUGGCUCGUCGCGAGGAGGAGAAGCGCAAGGCGGACGAGGCAGCGCUCGAGAAGAGGCGCAAGAUCCUCGAGGACCAGGAGCGCAUCGCCGCGAGAGACCGCGAGCUGAUGGAGAUGCGUGGAAUCGACGACGAGAAGCGCAAGGACGAAGACGAGGACAGGGAGGCGCGCCGAGCCGAGCGCAAGGCCCGCGGCCGCGGUGAAGGCAGGGCCAAGAGGAAGAAGAAGCUCGCACACGACGACUCGGCCACGGACGGCGGCGUCUCUGACGAAGAGGACGAGCCCCGGGCUCGACGCCGCAGGACCAGCGCUUCUGGGACAGAAGGCCCCAGCGACGAGGAGCGGCCGCGCGAGAAGAAGAAGAGGAAGCUCCAGCGCAAGAGCGAGCCGGCCAGCAAGUACAAGUCGGCCGAGUUCAUCGCCGACGACGACAGCGACGACGCCGAGAAGACUGCGACUCCCGCCGCCGACGACAGCGCCGACGAGGGUGUUGCCGCCACAUCAAGACAACGCAAGACCCGCAAUGUCGUCGACGACGACGACGACGACGACGACGACGACGACGAGAACGAGGCCAAGGGCGCGGCGAGCGGCGACGUGCCCAUGUCCGACGACGACGACGAGUAGGUCUCCGGUUCGCACGGUGCCUGCGGACACGGGCGGCACGACUCUGGAGCGUCCACGGCGACGCCCCGCAAGGGCUUUGUGGGGUUGCGGCGUGCGUGGAGGGAGUGAACGUGCCGGGGUCGUAUCCGCAUUCGCGCUUUGUACUUUAUUGCUUGCAUUAGCUAGGCGUUUCCUGAGUCACUUUGUACACGAGAAAAGGACACUGCUGUCCACCGCUGUGGUUAUGCCGAGUCGGG